CCCUGCGCGUUCACAGCACCGCACGGGCGUGGGGGUGAAGCUGCAGACUCUGGCUCUGUGUUAGCACCUGGCUCCUCAGCCCCGAGUUAAUCCCUGAGCCUCUCACUGAUUCCUGCCCAUCGAUGGGAGGACUGAUCCAAGACACAAAAGUCAGCAAAAGAGCCGUCAGGGGCGCUGGGCACAGCCCCGCCGCGGAGCGCUGCGGGAUGACCCGACUGGUGGUGCGGGGCUGACCCUUGGACUCGACGAUCUUAGAGAUCUCUGCGAACCUUAACGAUUCUAUCACCAUCACAGGACCGGAGCUGCCUGAACCGGGCCCUUCUGCAGCUCCCGGCCGGAAGCGGAAGCUCCGGGCGGUAUAAGCGGGCGGGAGCGGUCCGGAGGGCGGUUCGGGCUCGGCGGUGUAUGGGCAAAAAUGUCUCCAGCAUGUGAUUUCGUUGCACUCCACACUGGGCAGAAGAUGCCUCUCAUAGGACUGGGAACUUGGAAAAGUGAACGUGGCCAAGUGAAAGAAGCAGUGAAAUAUGCCCUGGGUGUGGGUUACCGCAGCAUCGACUGCGCAGCAGCUUACUCCAACGAAGCGGAGAUUGGGGAGGCUUUCCAGGAGUGCCUUGGGACCAACAAGGUUAUUAAAAGGGAGGACCUGUUUGUAACAUCAAAGCUCUGGAACACCAAACACCACCCAGAAGAUGUAGAGCCAGCACUAAGGAAAACAUUGGGAGAUCUGAAACUGGAUUACCUGGACCUGUACCUCAUACACUGGCCUCAUGCCUUUGAACGAGGAGACAAUCUUUUCCCAAAGAAUCCUGAUAACACCAUGCGUUAUGAUUACACUGAUUACAAGGAUACCUGGAAGGCUAUGGAGAAGCUGGUAGAAAAAGGUCUUGUGAAGGCCAUUGGGCUGUCAAACUUCAACAGUCGUCAGAUUGAUGAUGUGCUAAGUGUGGCUACUGUCAAACCAGCUGUGCUCCAGAUUGAAUGCCAUCCUUACCUAGCUCAGAAUGAGCUGAUAGCUCACUGCCAGAAACGAGGACUCGUUGUCACUGCCUACAGUCCCCUUGGCUCUCCAGAUCGCAUGUGGAAACACCCAGAUGAGCCUGUGCUUCUAGAAGAACCUGGGAUAAAAAAACUGGCAGAAAAAUACAGCAAGUCACCUGCACAGAUCAUCCUCAGAUGGCAAGUGCAGCGUAAAGUGGUUGCCAUUCCCAAGAGUGUCACUCCUGCUCGCAUUCAGCAGAAUCUCCAGGUGUUUGAUUUCAGCCUCACAGAAGAAGAGAUGAGCCACAUUGGAAGCCUGAAUAAAAACUGGCGUUACAUUGUGCCGAUGAUUACGGUGAAUGGAAAACCAGUACCAAGAGAUGCUGGACACCCCCAUUACCCCUUCAAUGACCCCUAUUAACUGCUAGAAAAUGUGUUACUCUAAACAUGCUCCUCUGCAUGCCCUUCCACAAAAUAAUUAUUGCCACAAUUUGUCAAAAAAUCUUUCCAAAUAAAAUCUUCCUUCCUGGGCAGGUUUACUUACAAUGUACUGCUUCUAGUUGGCCUCCUUUCUGGAGGUUCUGUAGCUUCCAUCUCAAAAUUUGAUUUAUUACAAUGCAACAUGGCUCCUAGAAGCAUCAAAUCUUUCAUGGAUUAGAUAAAGGCUGGAGGAGCCUAAGUCAAGUUCCAAACACAUCAUUAUCAGGUUAGGGCAAUACUUUGUUUACUGCCUGUGAAACAGUUUGAAAGUGUCUUAAGACUUAACAACUGCUCAGCCACCAACUUUGAUAAUGUCAUCCAUACUUUAUAUACAGGGAAUAGAGUGAAAUGUGCUACAGCUGCACUAUAUCUAUAAACCAUUAAUUAAAACCCAAAUAACCAGCCAUGCCCAGUGCUUUGUAGUACUUGAGGGACUUAAAAUUCUUAUUUUCUUCUUUGUUUAAUUUGUCUGUAGAUUUGAGGAGAAUUAAAUACAUACCCUGAAGCAGGUCUUUGGGGCAGUCCUCUCUGUUCCUUGUCUCAUGGACCAGGCACAAACACUUCAAGAACAUUUUAGAAAUUCUUGUAGGAAAACAUCCUCUUCCCAUGAAGUUGUCCUGUGCCUCUUUACCAAAUAUGUUCAGCUUGAGUUCUGGAAGGUCACAGGUUCUUGGCUAUACAGACAGGAGUAAGGACCUGUCAGAGGGUACCUUUUGUUUUAUUGUUGCAUUUUUCACUGGUGCCUGGGGUAAUGCAUGGGAGAACUGAGCCUGUCUCCUGUCUACACACUGUGCCAGCAAUUAGCCUUUUUGUGCCUCUUUUUUCUCACUGACUCUCUUUCCCUCUAACUCCCUGGCAGGCACCACUUUUUUGAGUCAGCACUCAGGAAAGUGUGUUUGAAGGACUGGAAUGCUAGCUAUAACAAUGGUUUUAUUUUGUUUAGGUCUCAAUGUAAUCUGAGUACAAAGGGCAUGAAGUGUUUAGUACCUACCACUGCUCUGAUGGUGGUAACUUCUGUGGCCUUAGCAAUACUAACACUUUAUUUUGGUUUCCUGUAGCUGUCAGAUAGGAUUAAUGCUCACUUGCCUUGGUGCAGACAGGGUGGCAAGGCAGAGUUUCUUAAAGGCCUCUGAGAUUUAAAACAAAGCAACACU